AUGCAUGCGCCUGGAAAUGGACCAGUCUUUGCGAUUUAUUAUCCUGUUCUCGCCGCUUUCGGGGUUCUCUCUAACUUUGUAACCAUUGUGAUCCUGUCUCAAGGAAAGUGCGGCCUCUCGAAAUGUAUCACCCGCUACCUGGUGUUCAUGGCGGUGACAGAUUUCCUGGUCAUUAUCACGGCUGUGAUACUGAGUCGACUUCGGGCUAUUUACUUCCCCGCUACUUUCCUGUCCACCACUCCGGCCUGCAGUCUCGUCAUUGUCCUCAGCUGCGCUUCCGGAGAUACCUCCGUCUGGUUAACGGUUGCUUUUACCUACGACCGCUUCAUAGCCAUUUGCUGCCAACAGGUGAAGCUAAGAUACUGCACUGAGAAAACCGCAGCGAUUGUGAUUGGAGUAGUUUGCGUGCUGGGCUGCUUGAAAAACGUCCCCUUUUACUUUAUCUAUGAACCUCUUUAUGUUAUGAAUAAGGUCCCUUGGUACUGCAGCAUAAAAGAUGACAAUUACACGGCAGUUGGAUGGAGAGUUUUUGACUGGCUGGACCGUAUUUUAAACCCCUGCCUUCCGUUCCUCCUGAUUUUGCUGUUUAACGCUCUAACUGUCAGGUUCAUUCUGGCGGCCAGCAGAGCCCGUAGGAGACUCCGUGUCCCGAACGAUGGGGCAAAACAGAGCGAUGCCGAGAUGCAGAGCAGGAGAAAGUCCAUUAUUUUACUUUUCGCCAUUUCGGCAAGUUUUAUCCUCUUGUGGCUGACAUACGUUGUCAAUUUUGUGGUUGUCCAAAUAACAAGCAACACAUAUUCUGUCGUUUUCAAUGGCAACAGCCCGAAGUUUAUCCUUCAGGAGAGCGGAUACAUGUUGCAGCUUCUUAGUUCCUGCACCAAUACGUGUAUUUAUGCAGGGACGCAGACAAAAUUCAGAGAGCAGUUGAAGGGCGCGGUGAAAUAUCCAUUCGAAUUAAUUAGAAAAUUGUUCAAGUAA